CCUAGCCAUAGAGAGACUGAGAGCUCCCAGAGAACCAACACUCCGCCAUCUUCACAUUGCAAUGUAAUAGUGCUAGCCAGCACAGCACUGGGUGAGCACAGUGCCAGGCAAGUGGAGCAGUGCAAAGUGCUGGGCACCAGGGCAGUGCCAGGCUAGCUGGGACCAAGCACUCCUGGGCAGCCCCUCUAAACCAGCAGGGUCAGCUCUCUUCCUCUUAUUUUUUUUUUGGCAUCCUUUGGGCAAUCACUUUUUUUUUAUUUUACCUUUUUCUUUUUUUUUCAUUUAUAUUUAAUUUUGAUGGAAGAAGCACUGUGGAGGUAGUGCCACACCGAGUGGGCAUCAGACCAGGCAAUUCUUAAGUUGAAGAAGAGAUUGGAAACACCACUGGAGAAGUGGCUCCCUCCUUAUUUAUUCAUUGAAAGGAGGAAAAAAAACGCUGAAUAUUUUUCAUUGCAUCUUUAUUUAUUUUUUAAUGAAAUAAAGAAGAAACAAGAAGGAGGAAAAAAAAAACGUUGGAGGGAAGAAGGAGAAGCGAUUGCCCUAACUCAGAGCAGAUCUCCGGGCGAUGCCAGUGUAAAUGCCAGGGCAAUGUCCCGUCGCAAGCAGGGGAACCCGCAGCACUUGUUACAAAGGGAGAUUAUCACACCAGAAGACCGCCAUGUUGAAACGGUGAUAACUGAUGAAGAUGAAGCUCUUGCCAUCUCGGAGCAAGGAGCUAUCAGCCUCACUGGUAGCGGGAAUGACCCAGACUUGUUAACAUGUGGACAGUGUCAGAUGAACUUCCCUUUGGGAGACAUCUUGGUUUUUAUAGAGCACAAGAAAAAACAAUGUGGUGGCCCCGGUAUCUGCUAUGAAAAGACCCUGGAUAAAAGCAGCCCUCCUCCAUCAUCUCGCUCAGAGCUCAGGAAAGUGUCAGAGCCAGUGGAAAUCGGCAUCCAAGUCACACCUGAUGAGGACGACCGCCUUCUUACGCCCCCAAAAGGAAUUUGCCCCAAACAGGAGAAUAUUGCAGGUAAAGAUGAGCCUUCAAGCUAUAUUUGCACAACUUGCAAGCAGCCUUUUAACAGUGCUUGGUUCCUGCUUCAGCAUGCUCAGAAUACACAUGGUUUUCGUAUCUACCUGGAAACAAGCCCAUCAAGCAGUUCUCUUACUCCACGUAUCACCAUUCCUCCACCUCUGGGACCGGAGACUGUUGCACCAUCCCCCCUGAUGAACUUCCUAGGAGACAGUAACCCCUUUAAUCUUUUACGAAUGACAGGACCCAUUCUACGGGACCACCCAGGCUUUGGUGAGGCUCGACUUCCUAACACACCGCCACUUUUCAGCCCACCACCUCGCCACCAUUUGGACCCGCAUCGCCUUAGUGCCGAAGAAAUGGGGUUAGUCGCCCAGCAUCCCAGUGCCUUUGACAGAGUUAUGCGUUUAAAUCCUAUGGCAAUUGAGUCUCCAGCGAUGGAUUUUUCCCGAAGGCUACGAGAACUGGCAGGGAACAAUUCCACACCUCCUCCAGUAUCUCCAAGCCGCAACAACCCUAUGCACCGCUUGUUAAAUCCCUUUCAGCCAAGCCCUAAAUCACCUUUCAUGAGUACGCCACCUUUGCCACCCAUGCCCCCCGCUAGUACUACUCCUCCGCAAACCCAGGCAAAAAGCAAAUCCUGUGAAUUCUGUGGAAAAACAUUCAAGUUUCAGAGUAAUCUUAUAGUGCACCGUCGCAGUCACACAGGAGAAAAACCUUAUAAAUGUCAGCUAUGUGAUCAUGCAUGUUCACAAGCAAGCAAGUUAAAACGUCACAUGAAAACGCAUAUGCACAAAGCUGGUUCCUUGACUGGUAGGUCUGAUGAUGGACUAUCUGCAACAAGCUCACCAGAGCCAGGCACAAGUGAGCUAACAGGAGAAGGAGUAAAAUCCAAUGAGACAGAUUUUCGAAAUGAAAGUGACCGUUCUCUAGGCCAUGAAAAUGAAGAAGAGGAGGAGGAAGAGGAAGAAGAGGAGGAGGAACUGGAGAAUGAAAGCAGACCAGAGUCAAGCUUCAGCAUGGACUCUGAAAUGAGUCGUAAUCGUGAAAAUGGUGCAAAACAGCUCCAUGAGGAGAAGUCCUUAGUUCUUGGAAAAGUCAUGGAGAAUGUAAAUCUAGGAAGCAUGCAGCAAUACAACGACAUACUCAAUGACAAGCAAAAAAGAAGUCAUUUCAUUAAACGAUCUUCUGACCCCCGAGAUUUAUGCCGGAGGAUUCAAGGAGAAGAUGAUUUAGUGGACAGAGAAAUUAUUCGUAAUGAGGAAGCAACUGUUAAUGGAAGGAAUUUUGGCUCAGGUGAACCCUUUCCAGGCUUGCUCCCACGAAAGCCAAUGCCUAUUUCUAGUUCUGGUUUAAACAACUCUUCAAAAAGGAUAAAGAUUGAAAAAGAUUUGGACUUACCACCAGCAACAAUAAUCCCUUCAGAAAACGUUUACUCCCAAUGGUUGGUAGGUUAUGCAGCGUCACGGCACUUCAUGAAGGAUCCUUUUCUAGGAUUCACAGACUCUCGACAAUCCCCUUUUGCAACAUCUUCUGAACACUCUUCAGAAAAUGGAAGCCUGCGGUUUUCCACUCCACCAGGUGAUAUGCUGGAUGGGGGUCUCUCAGGGCGGAGUGGGACAGCAAGUGGUGGCAGCACCCCACACAUCAGCGGGCCUGGUCCUGGCCGACCCAGCUCAAAAGAAGGACGGAGAAGUGACACAUGCGAAUUCUGUGGCAAAGUAUUUAAGAACUGUAGCAACCUCACAGUCCAUCGCCGGAGCCACACUGGAGAGCGGCCUUACAAAUGUGAGCUCUGCAACUAUGCAUGUGCCCAGAGCAGCAAGCUGACGCGCCACAUGAAAACACAUGGCCAGAUAGGUAAGGAGGUCUACCGCUGUGACAUUUGCCAGAUGCCCUUCAGUGUUUACAGCACCCUGGAGAAACACAUGAAAAAAUGGCAUGGAGAACACUUGCUGACAAAUGACGUCAAAAUUGAGCAGGCAGAAAGAAGCUAAGGCCCCCUAAUGGGUUAAAUCAGGGGUCUAGGUAUUCAUUUAAUUUGUACAGAUUUAACUAUUGCCAACUCAGAAAAGCUGACCUAACUUGCCUCCUUAAACAUAACUUAGCAUAAAUAUGUUAGUUGUCGCAAAGUGGCGCUAAAAAAAAAAAUCAUGUUUCUACAAAGCUCUAUUAAACCUGAGGGUUGGAUAAGGCAGUAAAAUUUGUGGAGCCUUUUAACUGUGCAAUAAUUUCUGUAUUUAUUGGGGUUUUAUUUGUAAUUUUGGCAUGUGCAGGUACUUUUUUUCUUUAUUUUUUAUAUUGUUUUUUAUUUGAUAUAUUAUUUUUUUUUGUUAAGCAGUUUUUGUAAAAAUAAAAACCCCUUCUGUGCUUCAGAGGAGCAGCAACUGAUUACAAAACAGUUCAUUUCACACUCCCUCAAUCACAAAAGGGGUUUGUUAUCCCCGUAGUAGCCUGAGAUCAUUGUCCUUAUAGUUGGAGAAACAUAUCUUAAAUUAUCAUUUUUUGGGGCUGCUACUUUUCUGGAAUUUAAGCUAAAUCUAUGUAAUUUCUUGCAAAGAAGCCAUCGGCUAUUUAAUUUUCUUUAUGAUUUUAUCUUGUGAUUCCUUUAAAAAAAAAAAAAGAUAGGGGUCAAGUAGAAUUUACACAGCGGAUUACAAUCUUUAAAUUCUUAGCACUUAAUUAUCUUGCAUAAUUGAUAUUUAAAUACGUAGCAGCAAAGAUAUAAUUUAAAUAUAAACAACAUUUAUAGUAUGAAGUAUGACUUGUAUACACAUCAGAUUUAAUAAAACCAUUACACAAAAAUGUUUAUAUUUAAAAAUGGAUCUCAUACAUGUAUGUGGUCGCAAGAGAUAUAUAGCAAGAGAGUGCAUAACAGAAAAGCAUGAGAAAUUUGAUUUUAUUCUUAGUAGAACAGAUCUCAUCAUUAAUAUUAUUUUUAUUAUUAUAAUAAUUAUUAAUAUUAUUACUAGCCGUAAUAAGCAAGUCCUCAUAAUGCAAAACAGUUGCUUUGAUUAAACCUCUAUGGUCCUAGAAGAAUCCUCAAUUUCAGUAGGCUUCUUGGCCAUGAAAUUAUUAAGUUAUGGCAUUGAUAAACCUUUUCAAUAAUCAAAGCAUCUGCAGUGCAUUGUGGUUGAAGGGUCAUAAUUGUAGUUGGAUAAGAAUAUCACCUCAUUGUAAUUGGCUACUGACUAUGCAUUCUGAAUUGAAAUGAAAAUGUUGUCUAUUUUUAAUAAUGAAAGUUCCAAUAAUGACAUCUGCUUUUAAGAUCCGUUUUCCAUUUUUCUUUUUCUUUUUUCUUUGCGUGCACCAGGAGGACAGCAGAGAUCAAAAGGUUACCCAUUUUAAUUAUGUUGACCGCACUUUAAAACUUGAGUUUUCUUUUUUUCGUUGGCUUCUGAACAAGAAAUUACAACAUAUUCUUCUACUCAACCCAAUGGCGGGUUGAACUCUAUAAGGGAACAGCUGAGAUUUAAGUGUCAGCGUUGCUAAGCAUGGCAUUCACAAUGCUGGCACUAUAAAAAGAUAUAUAUAUAUAAUUUAUUGGACGGUUUUCCUACUGCCAUUCAAUUUGUUGUGAGUGCCUUGAAAACUGAUCUUCCUAUCUGAGUCUUUCGAGACAAAAUGCAAAACAUUUUUGUGAAACAAAAAAAAAUGACUUUUAAAAAUAGUAAUACAAGAAAAGUACAUUUCUUUUAAAACAAAAAAGCCACAUUUACUUAUUAAAAUAAUUCUGGUUGACGAUAGCAGACACAAUAAUGCCAUAAGACCCAAUCUAAUGAAGAUGUUUACCCAGCACAACUUUCAACGUUCUGUAGCUGAAUUAUUGUCAGCUUUUUUUUUUUCAGGACAACGCUGCUUAGAAAACGGAAUGAAAAUUAUUUACUGCUGAAUUGAAACUGAAAUGACACAAGUUACCAGUUGUCGUUGAAGGGGAAAAAAAAACAAAUCAGGAACAACGGCUUUUUUUUUUUUUUUUUUUUUUUUUAUGUUAAAAUUUAGUGCACUCUGUCUUAAAAAUACGUUUACAGUAUUCAAAAUACUUACGAGGGUAAAAAAAAAAAAAGAGACAUAAUUGUGUGUAUGUGUGUUUGGACGAUCAUUUCUUUUCAAAGUUUGCUUAAUAGGUUAUAAAAUGCCAUAAUGGCUCUGUGUAUAUUGUUUUUCUUUGGUGACGGGGUUUUAGUAUAUAUUAUAUAUAUUAAAAUUUCUUGAUUACUGUAAAAGUGGACCAGUAUUUGUAACAAAUGGAGAAUGCUCGGGCAUUUUAUAAAACCAGAAAAAAAAAAUUCCUUGAAAAAAUGUUGCAGUAAAAUUUAAAUGGUGGGUCUAUAAAUUUGUUCUUGUCACUGUAAUUGUAUAGUCUGAAUUUUAGUAUUUUUUUCCUGCCUUGGGUGUUGAAUUUUUAUUUCAAAAUGUAUAGAAACUUGUAUUUGGGGGAAAAAAGGUGAUUGCUACACCAUGUAGAAAAAGUAAGUAGAAAAAAGUGCUUAAUAUUGUUAUUGCUUUGCAGAAAAAAAAACACAUUUUUGACCUGUACUUAUUUUUAUCCUCCCCUCCUGGAAUGGAUAGUAAAUGGUUCACAUAAUGUAGGCACUUGCUGUAUUUUUACUGAAGCUUGUAAUUUUUUAAAUGUACGCUUUUCCUUUUAAAAGGAUUAACUGUACCUUUUUGUUAGUGAAUUUGAAAAAUAAAAAAACAAACAUGCUGCCAUAAUAUAUUUUUUUAAUUUGGCAGGAUAAAAUAUUGCAAAAAAUUAAAAAAAUAAAUAAAAAUAAAUCAUUUGUAAUUUAAGUCCUAGUGUACAGAAAUAAAGGGUGUUGUAUAACAACUUCUAGGUAAAGAAAACAAAACAGAUUUCACAAAUGUUUUAUACAUCAGUAAUUUAAGUUAUACAUUUUUGUCAUAAUUGGCUCAUGUGAAAAAAUACUGUUUCUGCAGGGAUGACACAACUUAUUAAGGUGCCUGGACCUUGUAUCAAGGCCUUAGCAGGUAUGGAAUUAUUGGUACAUAAAAAUCGUAUUUUUCGUAUCAAUAUUACAUUAACAUUCCACGUACACCUAUUAGAAAUUUUUUAGGAAGAUCUACAGCUAGUAUAAUCUUCCCAGUUUGACAGUAACCCGUAGUAAUUUCUGGCACACUUGUACAACAUAGGUUGAGAGGUUUGCAUUUGAUACAAUUACCAUUGUAUUAAUAAUAUACAUAGUGGUCCAGGCACAGCUAUUCUGCCUCUGUUAGAACAGGGCCUAUUCUGUAAACAAAUCUUGCCACACCAUGUAGUCUCUGCUUUGCAACUAUUUAAUAUUUUUUGUACAUUCCAUAAAAUCCUGAAUGUGUAAUGGGCUGUGAUGAAAUUCUGUUUCCUGUUCCGCAAAACAUAAUUGUAAGCUGUUGAAACACAAAAUCAAAUUAUUUAUUACUUUAUGGAUGCAGUCGGCACAAUCAUUGCCUUCAUUUGUUUCAAGCCAUUUUAAUAAAUCCAGAUUACCCCACACUGGCUGUGUUGAAUCCCCUGGCAAUCCUGAGACCACAUUCCCACUUUAAUGAAGUGUCAUUUUAUACAUGAUUUAAUUAUUUAAAAUAAACUUCACCAGCAAAUUGUGUAACCUCUUAAUUGCCAGCACGGUUUGCAGCAUAUUGUUAACCGACAGCACUCAAGAGGUUAAAGCCAUAAAUAUUUUUGUUUUCAAUUAAUAAAUAUAUAUAUAUAUAUAUAGAAAAAAGCACAAACGUGGCAUUUUUGCUGUAGACAUUGGGAAUAAAUGCUAUCCUCCCUUUUACGUCCCUUUACCAUAAGCACAAUCUUUUAGAUCUCUUUACAUGGCUAUAUUUUACUGACUACAAUUUAUCCCAUAACAGUGAUCAGCAUUUCAUUCCGGCCCACAAUAAAAGACAGUCCAAGAUUUUGUGUUUUGCAGGCCGCCUCAUCAUUAUGGUGCUCUUUGUAUUUCAGAACUGCAAAGCAAUUGUCACUUAAGUUGUUUGCAUUUGUACGGCAAGGCAAAAUAUUUUUAUUACCUUUUUCUAUUAUUGUAUGAGCUUUUGUUGUUGAAAGAUUUUUGUCUUUUACUACAAGUUUGAAACUAUUUAUUAUUGCUUGGUAUUUUGCGCUCUGUUUAAAAAACAAGAGCAAUUUUUUUUUAUUAUGAUAAAAUGUUGGGAUGCUAGAGGUCAUUUCAACAUGGCUUAGUGAAAUAUUUAUUGUUAUUUUUUUUGUUUUUUUGUUUUUUUUUCUCUGUACAAAAUUUUGGCCUCUUUCUUUCCCUUUCUGUCACAAUGUUGAGUUCAGCAUGUGUCUGCCAUUUCAUUUGUAAGCUCGUCAAAACAAAAAAUAUUUGUUCCAGUUUCAAGAUAUUAAAAAACAAAAAAAAUAAAUUGGACAUUUAACUUGA